UAUGGCGGAGAGGAGCAGGACGGCAGAGACGGGCAGUGCCACGGGAAGUGACGAUAUCAUAGCAGGGAACGUGAGCAAGUACAUUGUUCUCCCAGCUGCUUAUUCUGGACAGCCUAAAAAAGGACAUCUUAUAUUUGAUGCCUGUUUUGAAAGUGGGAACCUUGGACGGGUGGACCAUGUCACAGAGUUUGAGUAUGACCUGUUCAUCAGACCAGAUACCUGUAACCCACGCUUUCGAGUCUGGUUCAACUUCACUGUUGAAAAUGUGAAAGAAUCACAGAGAGUAAUUUUCAAUGUUGUCAACUUCAGUAAAACAAAAAGCCUCUAUAGAGAUGGGAUGGCUCCGAUGGUGAAAUCCACCAGCAGACCAAAAUGGCAAAGAAUACCCUCUAAAAACGUGUACUACUACCGCUGCCCAGACCACAGGAAGAACUAUGUCAUGUCUUUUGCUUUCUGCUUUGACCGAGAGGACGACACUUACCAGUUUGCUUACUGCUACCCCUACACCUACACUCGCCUCCAGCACUACCUCGACACCCUCCAGAGGAGGAACAUGGACUAUUUCUGCAGGGAAUUGCUGGGACUCAGCGUGCAGAAACGACGGCUUGACCUCCUGACAAUAACCAGCCCCGAGGACAAAACUGACCUUGAGAACAGUGUGAUGCAGAAGAAAAUUAAAAUCCCCAAACUCUCUCUCAAUCACAUAGAAGAAGCUGGGGAGGUUACAGAUUAUGGGGAAGAAGAUGUGGAGCUUAGACACAGUAAGAGACAAGAUGGGAGGAAACAAAGUGAAGGUACACACAAAAGCAUUGAAGCAGUUGUUGCUCGCCUUGAAAAACAGAACGGGAUGAGUCUCAGUAAUACUUCCAGCCCUGAGGAGGCUUUUAUGGAGACUACAGAAGGCAUGAACAAUAUGGACGAUGCUGUAGUUCCUCGGAUUCUGUACGAAGAAUUGCUGAGGAGUUACCAACAGCAACAGGAAGAAAUGAGGCACAUCCAACAGGAGCUGGAGAGAACGCGGAGACAGCUUGUGCAACAGGCAAAGAAGCUCAAAGAGUAUGGGGCACUCGUGUCAGAAAUGAAAGAGCUCAGAGACUUGAACAGGAGGCUCCAGGAUGUACUGCUCCUAAGACUAGGUAGUGGACCUGCCAUUGAGGUUGAAAAAGUAAAACCUGAGUCAAUUGAGCCUGAGCCUGAGGUACAGAAGACCUUCAAUGAGGAGGCAAAUACAUCAACGUACUAUCCUGCCCCUGUUCCGGUAAUGGACAAGUAUAUUCUCGAGAAUGGAAAGGUCCAUCUUGGCAGUGGAAUUUGGGUAGAUGAGGAGAAAUGGCACCAGCUGCAAGUAACACAAGGAGAUUCAAAGUAUACAAAAAAUCUAGCGGUUAUGAUUUGGGGAACAGAUGUUCUCAAGAACAGAAGUGUCACAGGAGUUGCAACCAAAAAAAAGAAAGAUGCCGUUCCCAAGCCACCUCUCUCACCUCACAAAUUAAGCAUUGUCAGAGAAUGUUUGUAUGAUAGAAUAGCACAAGAAACUGUGGAUGAAACUGAAAUUGCACAGAGACUCUCCAAAGUCAACAAGUACAUCUGUGAAAAAAUCAUGGAUAUCAAUAAAUCAUGUAAAAAUGAAGAAAGGAGGGAAAUUGCAAAGUACAAUUUGCAAUAAAUUUUGGAUUUUUAAUAAAGUCUUAGUGUUUUACUUAAGUGUUGUUUUUUGAUUUGUGUGGCGUUUUUGCUGAUGGCAGAAGCUGACUUGAAGCGUUGCUCUCUUCCUAUAACUGAUUCAUUUUUUUGAGCGGUUCUGUCAUGGUGUAAACUGCUUUUAAGUAAUGUAAGAUAUACUGUAAGUUCACUCACAAUGAAAAAUGAAUUUUCAAAGGUUUUUCCAGUGAGUUGCAGUUUGUUACCAGCAGUUCUGUACAUAGGUUGUAAUUCUGCAAACACCGACCCAUUUGGCCUACGUUUAGUUUUACUGGAGUUGGUGGAUCUAAACUGCAGUAAAGAUCUGCUUAGAAGGAAGAACUGUACAAAAUCCACUUUGCUAUUGAAAAGGGGUUGAUUGUAUUUUAAUAAGUGUUUUUCUGAACUGAAAUUUUAAUCGUUUGUUUUUAGAAAUCUUUGUUUUGAUCUCUAACAAUAUAUUUGAUCAAAAACA